CAAAUCGAAUUAGAUGUUCGCGGUACGCACAUCUAAUUGGACGUGAAACAAUAACAUAGUACUAUUUGUAAAAUAAGAGAUUAGAAAAUUUAUAAACAAAAGGUGUAAAUAAUUGACGUUUUUGUGAAUAUUAACAAAAAAAAUACUUAAUUUCCGACGGCAGCAGCGGCAGCAGCAGUGAGAAUCCUGUGAACUAUACACAUAACUACAUAUAUAGUGGUGCUGGUGUCAAAUAAAAAAAAAAAAAAAAAACAAAAGAAUUAAAAAUAACCACUGAAGAGAAAUUACGUACUAUAUUGUUUUCAAAUAUGGGUCCGACGCGCAUACUAACCAAGGAUGGUGGCUUUGGCACACAAAUGACAGUUCAUGUGGGCAAUGCCGUUGACGGCGAUCCACUAUGGAGCGCUAGAUUUAAUGCUACAAAUCCGGCUGCUGUUAUCAAUACACAUUUGGACUUUUUGCAAAAUGGUGCUGAUAUCAUUUUAACAAACACUUAUCAAUCUAGUGUUGAGGGUUAUGUUGACUAUUUGGAAUUGGAUGAAGAACAAAGUGUUGAGUUGAUGAAGAAAACAGUAAAGUUGGCGCAAAUUGCUAAGGAUAAAUAUUUGGCUGAAUGCUGUGAGGCGAAGUUAAAAGUGCCAGAAGGCUUCCCAUUAAUUCUUGCAUCUAUUGGUCCAUAUGGCGCGCAUUUGCAUGACGGUUCCGAAUACACGGGCGAAUAUGUUGAUGAUGUGCCCAUCAACAAGAUUACCGACUGGCAUCGCAUACGCAUCGAUGCAUGCUUAGCAGCGGGUGUUGAUGCAUUAGCAAUCGAAACGAUACCCUGCCAAGCUGAAGCGGAAGCACUAGUGGAAAUGUUAUGCGAUGAUUAUCCGGAAGUUAAAUUCUGGGUAUCCUAUCAAUGCCAGGAUGAGAACACAUUGGCCCAUGGUGAAAGUUUUGUUGAGGCAGCAAGAUCGCUAUGGGAAUUACUGAGAGAACGCACUGCACAAGCACGUUGUUUGGCCAUAGGUGUUAAUUGUGUACAUCCUAAGUUCGUUACGCCAUUAUUGAAAAGUUUAAAUGGUAAUACGCCAGAUGCUGAAAAAAUUCCCCUUGUUGUGUACCCCAACAGCGGCGAAGUCUAUGAUGUAGCGAAGGGUUGGCAAGGUCGUGAACAUUGUGUACCUCUGGCGAAUUAUGUGCCAGAAUGGUCGAAAUUGGGAGCGAAAAUUAUCGGUGGUUGCUGUCGUACAUAUGCUAGGGACGUUCGUCUAAUUGCGGAAAGUGUAGCUUCACAAAAUAAAUUAAACAGAUUUAUUUAGAGCAUCCACGAAACUGUGAUCUCAGAAUAUUGAAUAAAUUAAGAUUAAUUUAAUUUGUAGACAAAUGUACAAAAUAUAAGAAAUUUUAUACUAAUUUGUUAAUAAAGAUAUAGCAGAUAUAAUUAAUAG